AUGACAGGAGGAGACGGCAUCAGAACUCUCUCGACAGCGACUGACGUCAAUGCCAUCGAAGCUCCAGUCACCUGGAAGGCAUACCUCAUCUGCGCAUUCGCAUCGUUUGGUGGUAUCUUCUUCGGUUAUGAUUCUGGUUAUAUCAACGGCGUCAAUGGUUCGAUCAACUUCAUUGAGCAGGUCGAGGGCUCUGGCGCCACUGCUUUGACCUCAUCUCACCAGUCGCUCAUCACUUCCAUCCUUUCCGCUGGUACAUUCUUCGGCGCCCUUCUUGGCGCUGAUUUCGCGGAGAUUAUCGGGCGAAAAUGGACGGUCAUCAUGGGCUGCGGUAUCUACAUCAUCGGCGUUAUCGUCCAGAUGAUCACUGGUCCAUCGGUCGACCCACUUGGCGCCAUUGUUGCUGGUCGUCUCAUUGCUGGUAUCGGUGUCGGUUUCGAGUCGGCUAUUGUCAUUCUCUACAUGAGCGAAAUUUCCCCAAAGAAAGUUCGAGGUGCUUUGGUUGCAGGUUACCAAUUCUGCAUCACUAUUGGUCUGUUGCUUGCGUCUUGCGUUGUCUAUGCCACGCAGAACCGAUCUGACACUGGCGCAUACCGAAUUCCAAUCGCUAUUCAGUUCGCUUGGGCUAUCAUCCUCGGAGGUGGUCUCGUUUUUUUGCCAGACUCUCCACGAUACUUCGUAAAGCGAGGCAACAUUGAUAAGGCUCGUCUAGCUCUCCAGCGCCUUCGAGGCCAGCCGGCCGACUCCGAGUAUAUUCAAGCUGAGGUUGCGGAAAUUGUCGCCAACGAGGAAUACGAGCGACAGCUGAUUCCAGCAACUAGCUGGUUCGGCAGCUGGGCCAACUGUUUCAAGGGUGGCCUCGGGCACUCGAAAUCCAACUUGCGACGAACGAUUCUCGGUACCUCUCUCCAGAUGAUGCAGCAAUGGACUGGUGUUAACUUCAUCUUUUACUACUCUACACCGUUCCUACAGUCGACCGGUGCCAUCGACAACCCCUUCUUAAUCUCCCUGAUCUUCACCCUCGUCAACGUCUGCUCCACUCCCAUCUCCUUCUGGACUGUGGAGAAAUUCGGUCGACGAACCAUCCUCCUUUGGGGUGCCCUUGGCAUGUUGGUCUGCCAGUUUCUUGUUGCUAUCAUCGGCGUUACUGUUGGGUUCAACAAGCUCACCACCAAUGCUGCUGGUGAUGCAGUCGCUCGAAACAUUUCCGCUGUCAACGCUCAAAUUGCCUUCAUCGCCAUCUUCAUCUUCUUCUUCGCCUCCACUUGGGGUCCCGGUGCCUGGAUUCUCAUCGGCGAGAUCUUCCCUCUUCCUAUCCGAUCCCGUGGUGUUGGUCUCUCCACAGCCUCCAAUUGGCUUUGGAACACCAUCAUCGCUGUGAUCACACCCUACAUGGUUGGCACGGACUACGGCAACCUUCGGUCCUCCGUUUUCUUCAUAUGGGGUGGUCUUUGCACCUGCGCCUUUGUCUAUACCUACUUCUUGGUUCCCGAGACGAAGGGUCUAUCCCUCGAGCAGGUGGAUAAGAUGAUGGAAGAGUCUACACCACGAACAUCCGCCAAGUGGCGACCAACCAAGACGUUCGCGGAGGCCAUGGGCAGGACCGCUGAUGGCAAGCUUGAUACCGGUGUCCUUGCCAAUGUUGAGCGAAAGGGUUCAAUCUACUAG